GUUUUUAUUAACACUGUGCUAAAGCUUAGCACUGGGCAUUAUGGGAAGGAAUCACUUCCGCGAUUUGGUGGCGCACUGCGCAUGCGCCUUUGGAAGACGUAACGAUUGUCAACAGUGGUGUUAGCUGUGUAAAAUGGCGGAUCGUGGAGAAGAGGCAGAGAGUGAGGAUGAGCUGUAUGAGGUGGUGGACAUCACUGAAUAUGCACGACGACAUCAGUGGUGGAGUCGAGUUUUUGGGAGCAACACAGGACCCAUUGCUGAAAAGUAUUCGGUAGCCACACAGAUCAUGAUGGGUGGCGUGACAGGAUGGUGUGCUGGUUAUCUAUUCCAGAAAGUUGGAAAAAUUGCAGCAACUGCAGUUGGUGGAGGAUUUCUUUUGUUACAAAUUGCCAAUCACAGCGGGUAUGUGCAGGUAGACUGGAAGAAAGUAAAGAAGGACGUUAAUAAAGCAAAAAAGCAUUUGAAGAAGAAGGCCAACAAAGCAGCACCAGAGCUGAAUUCAUUUAUUGAGGAGUCCACAGAAUUUAUGAAGAGGAAUAUAGUCAUUUCAAGUGGAUUUCUUGGAGGAUUUCUGCUGGGUCUGGCAUCUUGAGUCACAACUGGACCUGCUGUACAAAUGGACACUCCUUAUCCAGACAUAUUCUAUGCUGUAUUUUUAUUGUAUUGCUAUGUUCCAAUGUGCAGUAUUGCUUGGUUUGAGGCAGAAGUAGGACAGUAUAGCUGGGCUUCUCAGCUAUCUGCAUGUCUAGGAAAGAAAAAGAUGCACAUAAGAGAUAUCUUGUAACAGGACUGCUGUGAUAUAAGCCAUUUUGUCUGGUAUUGUUGAUAAGGUAGAAAAAUAAACACUGAUACAGGGCUGUUCAUGUUAUGGAGUAGGCCUGAGUUAAACUGUGCUGAAAUAAAGAAUUGCUUGCAUAUGUACUGUUUUUAGAACUGAGCAGUGAUAUCUUUUUGUUUGUUUCUGAUAUAUUUUAUUUAUACCCACUAUGUGCCAAUUCUGUCAGUGUUUAAAUUGUAUGUGUGGUAACAUAAAAGUUGUACUAAUGCUAAAGAA